CCGAGUCCCGACUCCACGCGUAAUAAUUUCUCCCGACAGACCCCGACGCCCGCGAAUUCAACCGCCUCCGGACCUAAGAGCCAUGGGGCGAUCAGCGAAGCGACGCCGCCUCCCUAACCUCCCGUUAUUUUCUUCCUUCUCCCGCGCCCUCCACCUUACUCGCUUGACCUCCGCCGCCAGAGCUAGGGUUUCCGAGAAUUCCCUUGCUUCCAAAGCUGCAGCACAGAGUGAUGAUGCUGGUCUCAAACACCCCACGAAGAUCAAACGGGUGGAUUCAUCCUUUUCCUCGGACAAUAACGAUGAAGAAGAACAUCUGCUGGAAAAGGGAGCAAUAGUUCAAGCGGAUUUCGGGUUCUUUGACCCCAAGCCGGGGGAUUUCCAUGGUGUGAAGCUUCUACUCCAAAAUUACCUUGAUGAAAAGCCGUGGGAUCUCAGUGGCUUCGUGGACCUGAUUCUCGGGCAGACAACCGUAGGGACUGUCGUGAAAUUGGAUGGGAAUGAUGAAGUCGAAGAAGAUGGUGACGAAGAGGAUUUGUAUGCUGUCAUUAGCGCACUUAACUUUGGGCGAUAUGGAGGUCAUCAAUGCAUUGGGGAGCUGAAAGAGUUUCUAGUUGGUGUUUGUGGUGAUGAGAGCGUGAAAACAAAGCUGAAAGUGCUGUUGGAGCAGCAGGCAAGUGAUGUUGGUCUUUUGGUUUCUCAGAGAUUUGUGAACUGCCCACACCAAUUGGUACCCCCACUAUAUGAUGCUCUGUUUGACGAGGUCUCUUGGGCAAUAGAAGAUGAGCCAACAAAAGAACUAAGAGACUCAUUCUGCUUCAAGUUCUACUUGCUGAUUACCAGAAUAUAUGGGAAUAAACAUGCCAACCAAUACAAUGCAAAAGCAGGAAAUGAUUCUGAUGAACCCAUAAUUUACCUCAAAGCUGAAGAUGAACUUUUUCACGAGAUGAGUUCAUUUUCUUAUACAUUUCAUCUUCAUUCUUCACCAUUUGUUCCACAUGAGCUGAAGAAUUACAGAGCAAUGGGGUUAGUCAUGGUCAUAAAUGCUAGUGUUAUUCCAAAGUUCCGUCAAAACUUGAAAACUCUUCUGGCUGAAAGCUAGUGCUUGAGUUCUCAUCACAUAAAAAAAAAAAAUUUUCCUUUCAAGAGGGAAAAGAAAGCAACAGAAUGGUAAGCUACACAUAUUCCUAGUACGUUUUUCCAUUUGUUUCUUCAUCAACUUAUUAUGUUGUGAUGGCAUCGUUGUAAGGGUUUUGUGUACAUUAAUUAUUCUUAGGACUGAAAGUUGCAACGUAUUAUUUGAUUUUUUUGAGCAAGUCAAUGCUGAAAUUUUGUUUUUAUACUCGAAGAUGUUUUGUAUUUUGUAUUAAUUAUUAAUGUGGUGGGCAUGUAAUCGGCAUUUUCAUAAGUCUCUUGUGGAAGUUGAAA